UAUUAGCAAAUACUUAUUGUCUCUGGCUAUAUUCAAGCAUUGUGCCAGGUACUGUGGAAAUAGAGAAAUUGGCCAAGGUCCUGCCUCAAGGAGUUUACAUUCUAAUUAGCAAAAGAAAUACAAACACCUAACUAGCAAUCCAAGCAGAAAAAAAUAAAUUCUGUAAAAGUAGCAAAAUCAAAAGGAACCCAAGUAAUUGAAACUUAGUUUGAACUUGUGUAUGGAGGAAACCGUGAAAGCUGAGUAGGUUUUUGAUAGUUUGAGAACAAAGAUGGAGGCCAUUCAAGAGAGAGAAAAUAGCUCAAGCAGGCUCAAGGAGGUAGGGCAUAUUUGGUCAGUUCUCAGCAGAGAGAAUCAUACUAAAUGGUCUGUUUAUUGAGUAUGAAGUAUAUCUAAGCUGAAAAGGUAGUUUCAGGUCUUGGCUGCAGAAGCAAGAUGACGAAAGGAACGUUAUCAUUUGGAAAGUGUCAUAAUAAGAUGCACAUGUUGUGCAGCCACCGUGCCUCUAAGGCCUACCACCUUCAGAAGUCGACGUGUGGCAAAUGUGGCUACCUUUCUGAGCGCAAGAGAAAAUAUAACUGGGGUGUCAAGGCUGAAAGACGAAAUACCACUGGUACUAGCCAGAUAAGUCACCAAAAAAUUGUAUACCACAGAUUCAAGCAUGGAUUCCAUGAAGGAACAACAGCUAAACCCAAGAGGGCAGCUCUUGCAGCAUCCAGUUCAUCUUAAGGAUUUUAAUGCUUAAACGUG